GCUGAGUCUCCCUCUUUGCUUUCGCAUGUGCCAGCUCCCGCGAGUAGGCUCUGGCGCAAGGCCCCCGACACCACCAUCACCACCACACUGCGGUACUCACCAUGGCCAUGGGACGGACUGUUCUCCACAUGCCUUCGGGCCACACCGGCGUGGUCGCUAAGCUCCACCCGACUGUGCUCUUCAACAUCUGCGACUCCUUCAUCCGCCGCAACGAUCAACAGGAGCGUGUCAUCGGCACCUUGCUUGGCUCCAUCUCCGCGGACGGAACCGUCGAGAUUCGAAAUUCGUACGCCGUGCCGCACAGUGAGCAAGCCGAUCAGGUAGCAGUAGAUAUUGACUACAACCGAACCAUGUACGAGUUGCACCAGCGCGUGAAUCCCAAAGAGGUGGUUGUUGGAUGGUACUCGACAGGUUCUAGUUUGAGCCCUAGUGACACACUUAUUCAUGACUUCUACGGUAGAGAAGUGGCCAAUCCUGUGCUGCUCAUUGUGGAUACUGCUUUUGCGGAGGAGAAGGUCAACAUCAAGGUUUUUGUAUCCACUCUUCUUACUCUUGGAGAACGCCAGCUGGCUGCACAAUUCCACGAAGUUCAGUUGGAUUUGCGACUUGUCGAAGCUGAGAGAAUAGGAUUUGACGUUUUGAAGAAGACCAUGGUGGAGAAGUUGCCGAAUGAUCUCGAGGGGUUGGAAGCAACUAUUGAGAGGCUGCAAGAAAUGAUUGAUAGAGUUUUCAGAUAUGUGGAUGAUGUUCUGGAAGGGCAAAUUGAGCCCGAUAACUCUAUAGGCAGGUUCCUUGCUGACACGAUGUCAGCCGUGCCACGAAUCUCGUCUGAUGCUUUCGACAAGCUCUUCAACGAUAGUGUCCAGGAUCUUUUGUUGGUGUUGUACCUGGCGAACCUUACGAAAACUCAGCUCACGUUAGCUGAGAAACUUAACACAGCUGCCCAAAUAUUGUAGUUUGGAAUUUGGCGGAAAUCUUUACCUAGAGAGCAUUUUAUCUGCACUUUUGACCUUCCCCUUUUUUUAUAGUUCAACGUGCGAGUCUUUCACAACCAACUGUGGUUAUGAGGUGUUACAUCUUUUUCUGUAUUUUUUCCCAGAAAGUAUCACAGAAACGCUUAUACAUUUUCGAUGCGAAGAAAAUUUUGGUUUAUGAUAAUCUUGAACUCAACA